CCGCCCAAGCCCUCUAAAGAAAACAUCGCAAGGGCAAAGCUCGGGCGGCAAGCCUUUGUGUGUUUGUGGGCGAUAAUAGUUAGAUCUUUUAACUAACGAUAUUCACGAAGCUUACGCGCUCACUGUUUACAGGAUUGUGGCUUCGACAAACAGCGGAACGGUUUCGAAAUGCAAUCACACGCGCAUUGUUAUCGCUCUGGAAAUAAUGGAUAAGUGGUGACCCUUUCAGAAUGAGCAGCAUUUGUAGGGAAAGGAGGCAAGACAAGAAAGUUGCGAAAGGCAUACCGCAGAAGGCAGCGGGUCGUUCGAAAAAAGAUGGGAACUCCAAAGAUUGCAAAAGGAAGUUUAGAAACGUCUGGAAGGAUACUUAUACGUGGUUGCAGUACGAAGAAGUCAAGAAUACUAUGCAUUGCGUGCUGUGCAGAGAAGCCUACUUCGGUCAGGAGAAAUGCGUGCCGUUCGUCGAAGGCACGAACAACUUCAAGGUUUCGGUCAUUCAAAAGCAUGAGAAGACGUCGGCCCACAGAAACCUCCUGAACAAAAGCGAGGCCGAGAGAAAGAAAUUGGCGCAUUCGUUCCGAACAAAAAAGAAGCCGCCGGAAGAUUCGCGAUCCAGAUUCGAGCUUCUGUUCAAGACCGUCUACGAGAUACAGAAGAACAAGCUUUCGUUUUCGCAAUUCCCAGUUCUGGUGAACCAGCAGAUCCAGAACGGCGUGCCGCUCGAAGGUCGGUACACGAAUCACCAUCACGUCGUGCCGGACUUUUCCAAGUACAUCGCCAUGUCGAUGAUCAACGACACCGUAGCCGAUAUUUAUCAGGCGAAACACUUUGGCAUCGUGCUGGACGAUGUUUCGGACGUUGUGGGAUCGCGCAAGGACGCUGUGUACAUCACUUACCUCAAAGACUGCAGAAAAUGCACCAAAUUCCUGGGGCUCGUCGAAAACGAGAACGGAGUCGGCAUCGCCCUCGCGAUGGUGGAAAUGCUCGCCAAAUUUGGAUUCCCAUCGCCUUUCGAGAAGCUUUUGUGCCUAACAACUGACGGGCAGACCGUACACCAAGCGGACGGUGGCCUGCAGAUGGCAUUGGGAAAAGAAGCGCCUGUUCUCUACACCAUGGACUGUCUAGUGCACAAGCUUGAGAGUGCGGUGAAACCAGUCCUCUUCAGGCAUCCACAAGUCAAAUGCUGCGCAGACAAGUUGUACAAAUUGUUCUGCUUCUUCAGAGACCUACAGAAGAAGACGGGCAAUACGGUGGACAUAUGGACACCCUCAAGCCCCGCUGAUCAACAUGCUCGUUCCUCCAAUCCACAGUUGCUAGUCCUUAACCUCAAGUUCCUAACUGCCAUCAUUGAAAAGUGGAGCAGUGUCACGUCGUUCCUAAAGGAUAACUAUCACAACCUUGACCGAAAACUUCGGCCUGAUGCGGCAGAAAUUCUCACUUGCUUGAAGAGCUCGGUUUUCAUUGCCCAUGUCCACCUGUUAAGAGAGAUUUUCAAGGCCUUGCACGUGUUUCAAGAAAAGACAACUGGCUCGUUAUCUCCUGCCUGCUACACGGUGAUCAAUGAGCUGAGGACUACUGCAAUGAUUAUCACCAACCAGAUUGUCUUGGGCCCCUCUCUGAUACCAGUCCUGCACGAGCUACAGGAAAGAAAUGGUUUCUUCCAAGGCAUGGCGAUCACACAAGAUUUCGACAUCGAUUCAUUUCAAUCUGUAGCUGAAGAUGUGUGCCAGUGUGUGUCGCAGCAGGUGCUCCAGAUGGCGAGCCAGUGCUCGGAGUCCUUGCACAAGUUUUCAGUGCUGGAUCCAAAAAACUGGCCAGUAGAAUCCGAUGAGCACUUUGGUGGAUACGGAAUAGAAACCAUCAAGGAACUUAGCGGCGAGAUGCAGUCGUUGCUGCCGGAGAAACUCAUUUCAGAUAUCAUACUGGAGUGGUGUUCCUUCAAGUUCUUUGUAAACAGGAGUCUUGCAAAGUGCUUGCGGAAGGACUUCAUCAACCUUGCCGCUACCGUGGUUUCCAGGUUCAGUGCGGUCUAUCCUACCAUCUGCACAUUCCUCACUGCAGCAGCGCUGCUUUCGCCGUCGUGCAGAGUGACACACAAGGGCUUCGAAGAACUCUGCGUCAUUAAAGAAUCUCGGAAGAAUGUUCUCACGGACGACACACUGUGGCAGACGAUGGUCAUCAAUGUGAAUGGAGCGCCAGUUGAAUUGUGGGAUCCAGAACCUGUGGUUGACCUGUGGUUGAAAACGAGUCUUCGUAGGCCAAACAAUAGAACUUCAAAUAAGCAUGCUUUAGAUACUUGUAACAAGCAGGAGACCCAGGUUGACGAUUCAGCACUGUUCCAGGGUUGCCAGGUUGUCGUCAUAACGGGUGAAUUGUGUGAGCUGCCUAUAGUAUGCAGCAGUGAUGCUUCAAGUUAGUAGAACUGUCAACUCCUAAGUGUAGUCACCUGUAGCUUGUCUUUUGCAUGGUCUCAAGAACAGAACAGUGCUAGGUACGACCAUUCAGUAUGCUUUCAUAGUGUGUCAUCUGCUUCAACGAAGAGUCAAUUUUCUUAACAGUACAGCAGAGAUUUGUUUUCUUUUUCUUUUUUUUUUUGCAAUACAUCAUCAGUGACGGUUGACAGGGACAACCAUGCGAUUAUCGGUGGUUAAUUAUCGCCAUCACCUUACUUUUUUUCGUCCACUAAAGGUCAAAGCCUCUCCUAAAGAUACCCAAUUACCCUGACUGCAUCCUAUGUUUGCAAAUUUCUUACUUUAGUCUCACUAUUUAGUUCCUUCCCACCUUUGAUUGUGUCUUCCUUCUUUGGAACCUCUUUCGUCAUUGUAAUCAACCAAAAAUUAUCUGAUUUAUACAUUACAUCAGCUGCCCACUCUGCUGCUUUAUCUCAACAUUAUAUGCUAUUUGCCCAAUUUACUUCUUCAUUGGUUACCUUAAAGUGUAUGUUGCAAAUUCAGAUUUGAAAUUUGACACUACUAGCACCAAUUUUGAGCUGUUGGUGGGCAAAAUUUUUGUCACUAACACAGGCGUUCUUAAUAUGGAAAUGAUGCAUGUAAUGAUGCACUCGUUUAUCUGAAAGUUUUGGUUGGUAUAUGUUGUCAUCAGUGUUGCCGCACUCCUAAAGAGCCAGGAAUGUGUUAAAAAUUGUUCCAAAUAGCAUGAUUAUUGUAAAAAUCUGUCGCUGGGUGUGUAUCUCAGAUUUGUCUAUUAUCUCAUUUAAUAUGUCAGUUAUUGGGAGAUAGAACGACGCCACACUGAAGCCGUUUUUUGGAUUGCAGAGCAGGCAUUUUAUUUAGUUGGAAGAAGUGGAUCAAGAUUGACAGUUUUGCAAAGAAAUGGUGGUUGCAGUCGCUGCCUUGCUUGCAGAAGCAUGUUUCAUCUUCUCAUAUUCUGUGCCCGAAAAUUACUCGGCCGCCAGACGGGCCCUCAAAUAAAAGCAUGUGAGAGUCUCAAAAAACAAGCACAAGCUAAAUUGUCUCAAAACAGAAGUUUUUAUCUAGUCGAAUGAGAAGAGAAAAUGCUUGCGGAGUAAGUGGCAGGUCAAAAUUGCAUUAGUGGUAUUUGCUCUCACAAAUGGGCCACCACUACAAUUUGUGAUGAGCUAAACCACUUGCCUGUCAGGUGAGUGGUCAGAACAGCAUUAGGAGGUCAGCUUGUUUUGUUGCGUAUAUGCUAGACACCAUUUCCUUUCGCUCUCUCUCUAUUAUUGCAAUAGCAAUUAUACGGACACUAAAGGCAUGUUCGCACCACCUUUGUGCUGUCAUGGUGCGUGUAGGGCCCGUGCUUGGCAGGUUCUCCAGUGACGCGACAUGCACGCAGUGCAUUUGGCUGCAAAAACGAUGAAGCCAAGUGAAUUCACCAUCAUACUUUGCUCCGUCGACUCUGCACUAGAGCCAUGGUAGUGUUCUGCUUUCCAUUGCUGGCACGAGAAUUGCGCUGACAAACACCAGCAUUCUUGCUGUGCGGUUGUGUGCGUACAAUGGCCGAAGUGAAAUGUGUGGUAACCACAAGCUAUGAACGCUGACGGUGCUCCUGCGCUCUCCUCUCCUGCAUCAUUGAGGUGCGAUGUUUGCAGUCCUGCUGGCGGUGCUCUUCAUCAUGGCAGUCUGAGUCACCUGGGAGCUACCGGGGCACUGUUUCUGUGUGCAGCAACAGUUGCCUCACAUGCUGCAUCGCACCAACAUGUGUCCCCUCUCUCGGUAUUUUUAGAACACUGUUCGGGGAGCUUCAGCACAGUGCUAAUCCUUGCUACCACUUUCAGUGUUUGCCCUUCGGGCAAAACUGCCACUUUAUUUUAUUUUAUUUUUUGCGCGCAUAGCUACUUGGAAAAUGAAGAGACACAAGUUACUCCCGAGAUACAGAAAUCACAAGAUUUCAGAAAUUCUCAGCAUAUCUAUAUGUUUCAGUAAGAAUGUGUAAAUAUUAAUACAAUCUAUAGAUAUGACAGCGUGUUGGGCUGCUAAGCACGAGUUUGCAGGAUCGAAUCCUGGCCAUGGCAGCCGCAUUUCGAUGGGGGUGAAAUUCGAAAUACCUGUGUACUUAUAUUCAGGUGCAUGUUAGAGAACCCUAGGUGGCCAAAAUUUAUGGAGCCCCUCACUACAGCGUGCCUCAUAAUGAGAAAGUGGUUUUGGCACGUAAAACCCCAUAAUUUAAUUUUUUAGAUAUGACGGCACUGCCUAUGACCUGCGAGUGGUGGCUCGGCAAUUGUGGCACUGCGGUGUUGAGCAUGGCAUAACAGGUUUGAUACCUGGCCAUGGUGGAUGCAUUCUCGUGGGGUAGGAAUGCAAAAACCGCUUGUGUACUUAAAUUUAGGUGCAAGUUUAAGCACCACAGGUUGUUCAAGUUAAUCCCCCCACCACUUUGGUAUGGUGUCCCUCGUUCCUUGUGUGUUGCUUCUGAAUGUGAAAUCUUGUAGUUAGAUGCAGUGCCUAUAACUGGUAAUAGUUCCAGAAUUUCUACUAAGUGAACAUGCUUUUGGCGCUGACUAUCUUGAAUCCUGCAAUUGGAUUAUGUGUGCUAUGAUGUAAUAAAAUAAUUUUUAAUUAGCAGGCGCUGAAUAGUUUGUGCAUAAGUGAAGAUUGUUGCUGAUGUGCUGCACCACCGAUAAUGUGUAGCUCCCCUCUUCGAAAAAAUUACCUCCACUGUACCUUGCUCAAGAAAAUAAGCUAUUCUUCGUUGAAGCAGCUGGUAUAUAUGUACAUAAGUGUAUCUAAUGUUUGCAUGCCCUACUAAAGGUCUGUUCAAUUCGUUCUGCACAGCAUGAACUUGUUCACACCAGUUCAGUGCUUGUGCUGAACAAUUACUCGCCACCUUGUAGAACUCUGUAGCAGAGCACAAAGUCAUGGGUUUGAUCCCCAGCUGUGGCAGGUGCAUUCUAAUUCAGGCGGGAUACAAACAUUUUAGUACACGAAGUUUCAGGUUUGCGAAUCCCUGGUGGAUAAAAUUAAUCUGGAGUCGCGGGUCUUAGAGGGUUAGGAAUUCUGCAACAUGUGGUUUUUCAAAUGGGUAGAGGUGUCGCUCUACUCUCCCUCCAAGAGCAUCCACCGCAACUCUUGGAGACUCUUGGAGACUCUUGGAGGAAGACUAGAGCUGUUGGCUGGGUGCCUACCGGUAAAGUGGGUACAAACACGCUCCCAGUCAGGUGCUCGGCCAUUAUGCAACCUGAGUGCUCGGAAUCUCCCCACUUAAUAGGUGCUUUCGGUUGCCACAUGGAAAAUGGUCACCAUAAUAGCAGCCCCGGAUACAUACGCAGAAUAAGCCUGAAAUCUGCAUGCCAGCUCCAGCCAAUCUCGUGGCCUUCUUUCAAAUAAAUUCUCUGUGCACGGUCUGCCACAAGUGCAAGAAAUGCGAAUCACCAAUACCAGAUUAAAUGCUUUGGCAACUCAAGCUUGCAAUGGACGAGCUGUACUUAUUUGUAAAUGUGCAAAUCCGAGAUGAGCUGGUCCAAAACACAAAAGUGGUUGGCUCGAUUUACAUUAAAAAUUUGCCUGCCUGAAAUGAAAUGUGACGUGUGGAUGCCGACGUUCCGUAAUCGUCAAACGCACUGCACAGUGGAGCAUCUCCUUAACUAGUUUGGAAAGUGGCACAGGCGAAUCGAACAGACCUUGCAUGUUUUUACCGUAAGCUAUUGCGAAUGUGGAAACCCACCGAAAUAAAAUAGUGUCGUGGA